CCUCAGCCAGCUUCGCCACUGUCCAGACACCUUCCUACCUCCAACAUGACCUGUGGCUUCAGCUCCGUGGGCUGUGGAUUCAGCCCCAGGAACUUCAGCUGCAUGUCGGCCUGCGGGCCCCGGCCUGGCCGCUGCUGCAUCACGGCCGCCCCCUACCGCGGCGUCUCCUGCUACCGCGGCCUCACCGGGGGCUUCGGCAGCCGCAGCGUCUGCGGCGGCUUCCGCGCCGGCUCCUGCGGCCGCAGCUUCGGCUACCGCUCCGGCGGCGUGUGCGGGCCCAGCCCACCCUGCAUCACCAGCGUGUCUGUCAACGAGAGCCUCCUCACGCCCCUCAACCUGGAGAUCGACCCCAAUGCACAGUGCGUGAAGCACGAGGAGAAGGAGCAGAUCAAGUACCUCAACAGCAGGUUCGCUGCCUUCAUCGACAAGGUGCGCUUCCUGGAGCAGCAGAACAAGCUGCUGGAGACCAAGUGGCAGUUCUACCAGAACCGCAAGUGCUGCGAGAGCAACCUGGAGCCCCUGUUCGAGGGCUACAUCGAGACGCUGAGGAGGGAGGCCGAGUGCGUGGAGGCCGACAGCGGGAGGCUGGCCUCGGAGCUCAACCACGUGCAGGAAGUGAUGGAGGGCUACAAGAAGAAGUAUGAAGAAGAAGUCGCACUUCGGGCCACAGCAGAGAACGAGUUUGUGGCUCUAAAGAAGGAGGUGGACUGCGCCUACCUCCGAAAGUCAGACCUGGAGGCCAAUGUCGAGGCCCUGACCGAGGAGAUCGACUUCCUGCGGCGCCUGUAUGAGGAGGAGAUCCGAGUUCUCCACGCCCACAUCUCAGACACCUCGGUCAUCGUCAAGAUGGACAACAGCCGGGACCUGAACAUGGACUGCAUUGUGGCCGAGAUCAAGACUCAGUACGAUGACAUUGCCAGCCGAAGCCGGGCUGAGGCUGAGUCCUGGUACCGCAGCAAGUGUGAGGAGAUGAAGGCCACGGUGAUCCGGCACCGGGAGACCCUGCGCCGCACCAAGGAGGAAAUCAACGAGCUCAACCGCAUGAUCCAGAGGCUGACAGCCGAGGUUGAGAAUGCCAAGUGCCAGAACUCUAAGCUGGAGGCCACAGUGACCCAGUCGGAGCAGCAGGGCGAGGCGGCUCUGAGUGAUGCCCGCUGCAAGCUGGCUGAGCUGGAGGCCACCCUGCAGAAGGCCAAGCAGGACAUGGCUUGCCUGGUCAAGGAGUACCAGGAGGUGAUGAACUCCAAGCUGGGCCUGGACAUCGAGAUCGCCACCUACAGGCGGCUGCUGGAGGGUGAAGAACAGAGGUUGUGUGAGGGCACUGGUGCUGAAAAUGUCUGUGUCAGCAGCUCCCGGGGCGGGGUGGUCUGCGGGGACCUCUGCGUGUCCGGCUCGCGGCCGGUGACCGGCAGCGUGUGCAGCGCCCCCUGCAGCGGGAACGUGGCGGUGAGCACGGGCAUGUGCGCGCCCUGCGGCCAGAGGUGCAGCGGCAGCUCCUUGGUGCGGUUCGCGUAG